CUGCGCCUGGUGGCAGUGCGACGCUGGCCAUGGCUCCGGAAAGCGAGUGCGAGACCGACCUGCGCGUGCUGGCCGCCGGCAUCCCGCUGCCGCCCCCGCCGCCCCCGCUCGGCAGGGACCCCGCCGUGCCGCACGCCCCCGUGCGCACGCACCGCCUCACCACCGACCAGAAGAGGCUGGCGGUGAAGAACGCGCUGCGCUACUUCCCGCUGGAGUACCACUCCAGGCUGGCCCCAGAGUUCGCCCAGGAGCUGGACGAGUACGGACACAUCUACAUGUACCGCCUAAUGCCCAAGUUCCCUGUCAGGGCUUAUCCACUGCAACUUCUGCCUGCCCGUUGUCCGGAGGCGGCGGCCAUCAUGCUGAUGAUCCUCAACAACCUAGACCCGGCGGUGGCGCAGUUCCCACACGAGCUCGUCACCUACGGGGGCAACGGACAGGUCUUCUCCAACUGGGCACAGUUCUGGCUGGUGAUGCGCUAUCUGUCUUCGCUGGAGCGCGACCAGACGCUGGUGCUGUACUCGGGCCACCCGCUGGGGGUCUUCCCGUCGCCCGCGUCGGCCCCGCGGCUCGUCAUCACCAACGGUAUGGUGGUGCCCAACUACUCCACCAGGAAGCACUACGACGACAUGUUUGCACUCGGAGUCACCAUGUACGGCCAGAUGACCGCGGGAAGCUUCUGUUACAUCGGGCCGCAGGGCAUCGUCCACGGCACUACGAUCACGCUGAUGAGCGCGGGCCGCAAGUACCUGGGCUGCGACAGCCUGGCGGGCAAGGUGUUCGUGACGGCCGGCCUGGGCGGCAUGAGCGGCGCGCAGGCCAAGGCCGCCGUCAUCGCUGGCUGCGUCGGCGUCAUCGCAGAGGUGAGCGAAGAGGCUCUGCAGAAGCGGCUACGCCAGGGCUGGCUGUGCGAGGUGGAGGGCGACCUCAACAAGCUGAUCCAGCGCAUCAGGGAGGCCCGCCGCAAAAAGGAGGCGACCAGCAUUGGCUACCACGGCAACAUUGUGAACCUGUGGGAGCGACUGGUGAGGGAACUUCGCGAGAAGGGCGACCUGCUGGUGGAUCUGGGCUCGGACCAGACGUCUUGCCACAAUCCCUUCCAGGGCGGCUACUACCCUGUGCAGCUGGACUUCCAUGAGGCGCAGAAGGUGCUGUCUGAAGAGCCGGAGCGUUUCUCGUCGAUGGUGCAGGCGAGCCUGGUGCGGCACGUGGAGGCGGUGAACGAGCUGUCGGCGGCCGGGAUGCGCUUCUGGGACUACGGCAACGCCUUCCUGCUGGAGGCGCGCCGCGCGGGCGCCGACGUCGAGAAGGCUGGCGCCGGACCACUCGCCUUCCGCUACCCCACCUACGUGCAGGACAUCAUGGGGGACAUAUUCUCGCUGGGAUUCGGGCCUUUCCGCUGGGUGUGCACAUCUGGGCUGGAGAGCGACCUGCAGACCACGGACAAGCUCGCAAUCGAUGAACUGGAGACUCUGCUCAAAGAUGCGAGCGUGGGCUACUCGACGCGCGCCCAGUACGAGUCCAACCUGGAGUGGCUGCGCCGCGCGGAGGAGCACCGGCUGGUGGUGGGGUCGCAGGCGCGCAUCCUGUACGCCGACCGCGAGGCCCGCCGCCGCAUCGCCGCCGCCCUCAAUGACGCAGUCCGCACCGGCGCCGUCAAGGGCCCCAUAGUACUCAGCAGGGACCACCAUGACGUCAGCGGCACUGACAGCCCAUUCCGUGAGACGUCCAACAUAGACGAUGGCUCUGCUUUCUGCGCAGACAUGGCCGUGCAGAACUGCAUCGGGGACGCAAUUCGCGGAGCCACCUGGGUCGCCCUGCACAACGGCGGCGGCGUCGGCUGGGGCGAGGUGAUAAACGGCGGCUUCGGCCUGCUGCUGGACGGAUCGGAGGACGCAGCGAAGCGGGCGCACACCAUGCUGGCCUGGGACGUCAGCAACGGAGUCGCUCGCAGGUGCUGGUCUGGAAACGAGCUGGCUCUGGAGGCUACGCGCGUGGCCAUGAAGUCGGACCCUCGUCUGGAGGUGACGCUGCCGUACCACGCCUCGCCUCAGCUGCUGAACACUCUCUUCCAGUGACCUGUGCCGCCAGGACUACCUCAUCGGUGUUCAGCCCACUCUAUGCUUACUCUCACUAAUUGUCAGAAAUGUGACACUCAUAUUCCUCUGAUACAUGUGUAAUUUUUCAUUGCUUUCUUAAUCGAUUGUGAUUUAAAGAGGAAAUAGGUUUGUAUGUGAAGAAUUAUCUCGCAGCAGCGCUGUGGUAUGGUUACUGAGCUUUUUGAUACUGUACUCGUGAUGGUUUCUCUUGCUGUGAGAUCGUUCGUGCAACAGUAAUUUUUAUCACAUUUUACCAUAUUUUCUUCUGAUUCUCUCUUCUGAGUUUUGGUUUGCUCUUUUGUCUUUCCGGUGCGAUGACUCAAAUAUCUGGUCUCAUAUAUCGAGGGGCUUUAAAGAGAUUUAUCCGAUAUCAAACGACCGUAUCUCCUACAUGAAUUACAGCUGUCUCAGUAUACUUUUUCGUUUAACUCCCGUACUGUUCUUCCAGUACUUACUUUAAUGUCAGUGGCAAAAUAUUGAGAUUCAAGUUACCACCCGAUAGCUUUUACAAAGCAUGAAACUUCUGCCAGCUACUAUCCUAUUUCUUCCAAAAUAUUUAAAGUCGUCGUUAAUACGUCAACUUUUACAAGCCAUAAAGUUUCUGUCAACUACUUUGCCACUUGUUCCAAACAUUCCACUACCUGGUAGCUUUUUGAAAGCAUGAAGUGUCAAUUACUUCGCUAUUUGAUCCAAGAUAUUUAAUCUCGUUGUUAGCCUGUUAGCUGUAACAAAGCAUGGGGUUUCCACCAACUACUUCGCUGAUUGUUCUAAACUGCUUUGCAAGCCACGAAGUUUCUACCAGCUUAGCACAUUGCUCCAGAUUAUUUCAUAGCCUGUUAGCUGUAACAAGGAAUGGGGUUUCUACCAACUGCUUCGCUGAUUGUUGUAAACUGCUUUGCAAGCCAUGAAGUUUCUACUAGCUUAGCUCAUUGCUCCACCCUUCGCUGAUUGUUGUAAACUGCUUUGCAAGCCAUGAAGUUUCUACUAGCUUAGCUCAUUGCUCCAGAUUAUUUCAUCUCGUACAUCACACGUAUAGAAUUUUUUUUUUUUGAAUGGACUUGUAGUCCGGGGUGAUAUGUUUAAUACAGCAUCACCGGUCUAUUGCGGUCUAACUGUGUUGGUGAGUCAGUAAAUUUCCACAGGGCAGUGACUGCGUCACUGCAAUUCACUUUGGAGGUGUGGCGGUGGGGCUUGUAGUCCCGUACCACCCUCUCACGGUGAUGGGGCGGGUGAGGGUGUGGCGGUGGGACAUGUAGUCCCGUACCGGCGUUUUUGACGUAUAGAAGUAUAGAAGAAGAAGACCAUAAAUAUAUUAACUGUCCGGUUGAUUUUACCUGCGAGUUCUCUUCCAAAUCAAUAACUUUUUUUUACCACAUAAACUGUAUGUUGCUUCUUGUUAUGAACAAGUGACGCUUUUAUUUUGUUCACUUUUGCUGUCAUUGUUUUUCGAUGUCCAGAUAUAUACACAACUAAGUCUCUCUUACCUCGUGACAUACGAAGAUGGAGAGUGAUGCUGCUGUCUCUGCUUCGCUGAUUUUGCUAAGAUGGAGCGGGAUCUUUCUUAAUUUUACGCGAAUUUACUAAAAUGAAUGUUGACGCUCUUGGGCACAAACGCUUCAAUCAAACAAAUUGUCUGAAAAAGUGCAAAUAAAAAUUCGGAGUCGUAUAUGAAGGAGUAUCCAGAUGGGACUAAUGCUUUGAAUUUGAGUCGCCUAUUUUCAGUAUUUGAUCGCAACCCCCAAUAAAUAGGGCGUUUCACAAUUUCUGUUAGAUGCUUCUAGGAGAUGUAGACGGGACAUAGUACACAAUGUUUCGAAGAAGAAUCGAUUACCGGAAAUGUACCGUGUUGAUGUAAAAUAAAUCUGAAGAUCGAAUCACUUUGAAAUCUCUCGUUUCAUAGUACAAACAUAGCGGACACAAUGGGCUCUGACCCAUGUGAUGAACAGGAACCCAUGGCAUGGGCAGUGUUCCGAGUAGUCUUCGUCGGGUUCUCCUCUACGUGUCAAAUGACGUCAUCUCCGAAGUCGGGAGUACCGCACAGCACAGUCAGUUCUCCUACAUAGUUCCAAACGUACCACUUUCAGGUAUCCCUUGUUGCAAUCGGUCGAAAAUGUUAUUUGUCUUAAUUACAACAGGGACUGACUCUUCUCAGUUACUGUGAGUACCGUGGGGCCGGGAAUUUGAAAGUGAGCCGUUCUUCAUAAACUGUACAGUUCCGAACUUGAGUUCCUUAUAAAAACUUUAUCUUAUAAGUCCCCUCAACAACCUGCAGAAGCCUGUUAUAGGAAUUACGAAUACCUUAUAUAAUUGUAGGGGCGCGUACCUUUAUUAAAAGGAAAACACACUUAACGCCACUAGACUUGUCGUAUUUUCACUAAGAAUUAUUUGGUAAUCAAUCACUUCUCGCCGUAUUCUGUAUAUUCAUAUAUCUCUUGUAGAAUCACGACAACUUUAACCACUUGGAAUCACACGUUUCUUUACCCCACCUCCAUACACACCUCUUUCUUUAUUUUCACACAUUCGAUGUCCAGAAAAUGCUACACCAAACGUCUUCUUUUCUUUCCCUCCUUCCACUUUCCUACAACUGUCCGUUCCUCUGAUUUUACCCAGCACCUGGGCACAGCACCCACACAACAGAAAAUGUACAUGUAUAAAACAUGCAUACACACACACAAAUUUACGUGUUUCAGAUAGCACAGAUAUUAAUUAAACAAAAAAUAGAAAAUUUAUAAUUAACACGACAGAAAAAUUAUGUCACACAAUGAAGAUAGAAACACUGUGUAAAUUUCAGCUUACGCAUUGUACUACAAAGUUUUUAUUUUCAAAAUAACCAUUUUGCAACAAUUUAUAACUUUGGGGUACUUUUUAAUUUCACGUUUAGGAUCAAAGUUUUUAUUUCCCUUUCACAAACUCUCAAUUAACUUCCCCAGGACGCACGACACACAGAGACGGUAGUGAAGCUCGUCCCUUACUUUUCCGAGCAAAUCUGUAGUUAACGCACUCGGUGCUGUUGCUAAUGCGACCUCGAAAUUCAGCUGUUGAUAGGGGGAGAGUAGACAAGUAUUUCACAAACCCUCACAAAAAGCUCACAUACGGUGAGAUCAGGCGACCCUGAGGACGAAUUCUGCAAUGUGAGAUCCAUACACCCUUUACUCUGUACGAGCUGCAGCGCCGUUCUUUAGAUGAAAAGUUGUGACUGAAGAGGAGAAUGAGAAAUGUCAUCUCGACUGGGUGCAUACUGGGCAAUGAACAAGCGAUCAUGCUGGUUGCCAUAGGGAGACCCCUACUGCCAGCUUACAACUGGCAUCAAGGUGUACUCCUACAAAAGACCGCGCCUGUUCGUCAUCGCCGAUUCCGUCCAAAUUUAUGGUAUAUGCAGGGCAAGACCAAAAAUGAAAGUGGCGAGCGUGGGACCACAGAUGGCAAAGCGUUCAGAAAAAAUAGCAAUUUUGGCGCGGGGGCGACGAGGCUUGAACCGCUUAUGUUGAUGUAUUUUCUAGGCAGUGUUUGGCGCAGUGGAAAGAUUAAAGAACAGCAAUUUGAGGGUCAAAGGGUCGAGUAUGUACGGGGAAACUAUUUUAUGUUUCUUUAUUUCCAGUUUUUACGUUACUUACACUGCAAAUAAACCAAAAUAAUGCUCAAUAUAUUGUAUUAGUUAAUGUUUUCAUAAUAAGAAUGAAAAGGAAAGGGAUAGGAUAAAUCGAGAUUGCAAAUAACUUCCCGGGAAGCCAUUUUAAGGCGUACACCAGAACUUCGUAUAUAAAAUUAGAUACUUUUAUUGUUUUACAGUCGAUUAUAUACACGUGCUGGGACGAUUUUCAUCCUAAAAACAAGGUAGCAAUAAUUUUGUCGGCGUUUUGCUCACGUUAUAAACGCCACAUUUUUACAGUUACGUGGUUAUUUUAAAGUUUCUAUAGAGAAACAAACCUGGUUCACAUUCAUAGAAGAUUCUCACUCAUCGUAAGUUUGGCAGCAGACCACGCACAACCCAAAAUUUCGCCAAAUUUGGCUACCAUAGCUGGUGAUGUACAUUGUAAUGUAUUUUUAUGCAGUCUUCUCAAAGCUCAAACUGAAACUUACGGAAUACAAAGUCCUGUACGUUUUAAUUACUAUGCAUUCGUGAAGUGUUAGUUACGGAGUCCUCAUGCAUGCUAUAAGCACAAUCCUUUCUCGGAAAUUUAUUUACAAUCAAUUUUUUUUUCCUCACAUCUAUAAUUCUCACGCCCAUCACUUCCAUUUCUGGCCUAGUCAUGCAGAUACCAUAAAGUUUCCAUACAAUAGGUUUAACGGGACUCAAACCUUGUAUCUUCAUUUACGUAGAAGCUAUAGUUCUGUGAAAUCGGAUGAAUCUUUUUGAAACACGCUCUAUUUCCCUGUAGAGUUCGCUUAACACAGCCGACCAACUAGACCGAAUUCUACGUAAUAAAAAUCAUCUUGAACCCAAAGCGACGAACUAUAUAAUCUUCAUGAUCUCACAGACAAUACUAUCUACUCAUUAUUUCUCAGCACUGGCAAAGCUGCUGAAUGAAAGAUAUCAUUCAGCUCUUAAGUAUCAUUUACUAUGGAGCUACAAAAACGACAGUUAAGCACCUUUCUGUCUCUGACAUUUACAGUUUUAGUGAUCGCGUGAGUCCGAGUUAGCUUUAGCAGAUAAGAAAUGGCAGCUCUAGCGGUUAUCAAGCAGUAUCUGAGUAAAUUUUACUCGAUAUCUGGGUAAUCGAGUUGGUGAGAUAAAGGACUUAGCGUCGCUCUCGACGUUUGUCCCUCGUCGAUUCCAAUAUCUUUAGAGAUUCUUUGACAGAUUUACUCUGCUCUCUAGAAAGACGAAGUUUGUUUAUAUUUGACAUGCGCUUACCCGUUGUGGAACUAACAGCUUAUACAAAAGGGCGUCAGCUUUUUUGAUUACAGCUGAUAGCAAAUCUCCUACCAUUUAGGAUAGUAUCAGUUACGUUCAUUAUGACUACUGCUUCCACCUCUCUGGUCGGACUCCUCUUGUCUCAUAAUUGUUGAUAGUUCUAAAAGCAAUUAUGUGUAAAAAAAUAACAUACCUCUUUUAUUAACAGAGACAAUUUCGACUUUCUUCAUUUCAAAUCACACAAUAAAUUUUAUCAGUGCUAUGAACAAAAUUCUACGAUGCACUUAAUAUGUUGAUCUGUCACAACAGUGGUAUCUAGACCUCUGUAAUACCUGGAGCUUUGGAUGUCAUGUUGAAUCUAUUAACAGAUUGACCGCAACUUCGUUACCGUUAUCUUCCAGCCGCUUUUACAGAGGAACCACAUUUCAGACAUGUUUGGAGGUUCCGCAUUGUCAGUUUCGGACAUCUCGUGUUUUAGAUAAGAGUGCCAACACUUCAUUUAGGUAUUCUUUAAAUGCAGUAAUGCUAGAUUAUUGGAAACUUGAUAUUUGCCAAUUGCAACCUUUGAGGUCAAAAGUUCUUUGUGAUGGCAUUUCCUGUACACUUCCACACUUUCAUACAAGCGAGCUGAUCUCCAAGUGCAUCUUCCUCUUUCUCACUCGAUGUGGCCACAUGGCAGCAUUGAUCAUUCAUCUGCAGCUCUGUGUUUACUGGUAUAUUCAAACACUUAUCUCAUUGUGAUAAAUGCUUAAAUAUCUCCUGUAAUCAUUUUAUUUCUUAAAGUACAAGAAAGGACUUGAAUCUGGGAUAGGUGAGUUUUUUCUUGACUCUCCUUUUCAUUUUAAAAAACUAGGUUGAAGUUCGUCACAUUUAAAACUACACUUUCCAACACAUUAGCAGAUAAAUGCUAUUUGCUCAAAGACUGUUACUUUUUUACAUUGACUAAUAGGUAUAAAAGAUAAUCAGCAUUAAUGGAAAUUAACUGUUAUUACACGUGUGAAAUACUGCAUAAGCCUUUGGUAGGAAACUAAAGUUGUUAGAUUCUUUCAAGCAUAAAGGGAGAAUUAUGUGCAUUUCUUAAGACUCAGUAACGUAAGGCCUACUACUCCACAGCGCAAGCGUUAAAACGAUAAGCCUACCAGUUUCAGAUCUCGACGUAACUGUUUACUACAAUCAUCUAAAUUGUCUUCGACCCACGGUAUUCACUUUUCCCUUCCAAUCGCUAAUAUUUCUCUCUUUCUCAUACACAACACACGCAAAUUUGUCAUCUGUGUAACAUCUCACACCGCCCCGUUGGCAGGGUUUCUGCUUAUGUAAGUCCUGGUCAGCAUGUUCACUGUUCCAUAUUGAUUUUCCACACACACUUCUGUUGGCAUUCUCUAUUCCCUGUAAUAUGGCUCUGAGCACUAUGGGACUUAACAUCUAUGGUCAUCAGUCCCCUAGAACUUAGAACUACUUAAACCUAACUAACCUAAGGACGGCACACAACACCCAGCCAUCACGAGGCAGAGAAAAUCCCUGAGCCCGCCGGGAAUCGAACCCGGGAACCCGGGCGUGGGAAGCGAGAACGCUACCGCACGACCACGAGACGCGGGCAUUCCCUGUAAUACAGUCAUGUUUCGUCGGUUCUACGGUUUUAAGAUUAUUUGUAGAUGGUCAUUUGAAAAGUACUCGGCCUACUAUUUUCCAGCAAUCAUAUUGAUCCAUUAACGCAUCUAUACGAAAUUUUCAUAAAAAUGAUUUGUUUAAGGAAGUGCUUCGUUCAUGUCCGAUAUUAUUUUAAACUAGUAGGUUUUCCGUUUGCAUUCGCCUCCUUUCUACGUCUGCUUAGUUUGUGAUAGCUCCUUUUUUUUAAUUCCCAUGCUUAUUAGAACCAUUUCUUAUGAUUUAUCACACCAUCCCCAGUCUUAUAGUUCCACCGUGAUUCACGUGCCUAGCACUGAUUUUCAUCUCUGAUAUUUUUCGUGUUAGAAACCCCUUUUAGUACCACUAACCUUCGUUCUAAGGCUCUUCUUAGUACGAAUGUGAAUACAGAAGUGUAUCUAUUACUGAAAUAGUGCCGCUUGCCGCCAUUGCUACCUAUAAAGGCAAAGUCCUAAACCACAGUGCGUUUCAUUAGACUAUACGUGUCAGUAAAGUCUCAUUUCUAAGUCUCAUAAACGGAGUCCAGGUGUUAAGAGACUUACGCUGAUGCAGCCACAGUUUACAUAAUAUAACCCUGAAGAACAACCUCACAUCCUGAUAUCUCACAAAUACGUGUCAGACAUUGAAAAAAGAAAGGAAAAAAAGGAAAAAAAACCUUCAUCAGAAGACUUCUUUCAUAACUCUGUCAGAAAGUGAACAGGUAAAGUACAUGUUUUAUCGAGAAAAGUUUCUACCCCCUUGAAACACAGCCUUUCGAGCCAUUGUAGAUUCAAGCAAAUAUUUGUCUUGAAAUGUAGGUUGCGCUAACUAGAAGAAAUGGCAGUUUAUUGCUGCCCACUCAUUCAGCUUAUCUGAUGUUCAAUUAUUCUCAGUGAAGUGUACAUUCAGUCAAAUGAUCCAAUUUCAUUUUAAGGCAAGUACUAUAUUUCAUAUACCAGAUGCAUGGUGAGGGGAUGUGAAACGGCUUUCGUAUGAGAUGUGCUCAAUCUUCGUUAGUAUAAAUGUUAUUGAACUUCCACUUUGUGUAGAUUCAAUACCUUGUCAGUUUGCUGUGUAAAUAUUUCUAAGCAUUAAGUGCUAGUUGAUUUUGUAAGUCUUGUUAAGAAUGGGGAAAACGGUGACAACAAAUAAAUAAAAGUCUUUAUAAGAAAAUA